AUGGAAACGUAUUCAUCGUACGAGUUUAAGGAUAACCUUAUUAUUAAUAUUAUCCGAACGAAUGAUGUCAAAAGACGUUUUUACAGUUACACGGAAUACGUCCUAGAAUUUAAAGUUCUGAACAGUCAGAAAAUUUUGAAGAAGAGAUUUUCCGACUUUGUCCUUUUUUAUGAGCAACUAAAGAAUGAGCUCCUUGACAAGUUUAGCGAGUGUCUAGAGAAGAUAAGUGUGUUGCCAUCAAAGAAGGUGUUUGGAAGACUGAACUAUAACUUCGUUGAAGAGAGGAGGCAAAAGCUAGAGCAGUUUCUGAAGAGUAUUUCGAGUUACAGGGUCGUGUAUCUGUGUGAUAAUUUUUACGAGUUCUUAUGUUUGGAUAACAUAACGAAAUAUUUGUUUAAACUGAUGUGUACACAAAUUAGCGAUUUAAUUAAUAUACAGAAAUUUUUGAAAAAAAUAAAUUAUAUUUUAUUUAUGUCAAGAAAUAAUACAAUAAAAAGUGCUGAGUGUGAUAUAAUAAAUUUUCUUUUUCAUUUGAAGAAAAAUGUUAACUUAAAUAACGACAUAAAAUUUUUCAUUUUAAAUAUUUUCCUUCAUCACUUGACGUAUACCAAGACACCGGAAAAUUUGUUAAACGUUUCUUUGAUGAAAUUUGCCAUUGAAAUUAUCCACGAAAACUUAAAAGGCGAAAGCAUAAAUGAGAUUCUGUUGAAAACGUCGUCGGAGGCUAUUCUUCGAAUUGUGGACAAGCGGAAUGACGUGUUUUUGGAAUACCUACGGAUAUACAAUUUUAAAGAGAUUUGUGCCAUAUUUAAUAUACUAAAUAAGCGGAAGGAGAAGAAGGAAAGGAAGGAAAACAAAGAUAUAGAGAACAUAUGCUUUAAUAUAUAUAUACUAGUUUCUCUACUAUUGCUGUCAUCCAUACAUUUAAACGAAAUACAGAAUUUCUUUUUAGUUAAGAAUAAUAGUAAUAACAAGGGAAUAACAAUAUUAGGUUAUAUGUAUGAUAGUGAGAAUAUUAACAUUCAGAUAAUCUGUUGUAUUAUCCUAUCUUUGUUAAUAAUAAACAAAAAGAUAAAUGAUGAAGAAGUUAUACUAAAGACAAAAAUGUCUAUCCUUUUAAUCCAAACAGAGAUAUAUAAUUUAAAAAGUGUAGAUUACCAAUUAAUAGAAAUCAUUUGUAGUAAAAAGAAUUUUCAUUUGUUGAAUGGACUCAUUGAUUUAUUGCUUAAGAAUAAAAAUAUAAAAUAUGACUUAAAUUUAAAUGAUAUACAAAAUUUGGAAAAAUAUACCAUUGAAGGUAAUCCAAUGGAAAAGGAUCUCUUCUAUGAAGAGAAAAUAAAAUGCGCAGAUUUUUCGAAUAACGAUAUUAUCUUACAGUUUAUUCUAUUCAUUAUAAACAUUGGUAUUAGUGAGUUCUUCUUACUGAAACGGAAUUACAAGUUUAGAAUGAUGAAGAAUACGUUAAAAAUUAAAUUAAAAAGGAAAAAACACUUAGCCGAAAUGAAGAAGUUAAAGAGGGAAAACAUAAUGAACGGAACGAAUAGAAAGGAAGGGAAACAACUCAUUGGGAGUAGCGAACACAUGAUCUCCAUGAUGAUGAAUGAGAAGAAUAAAAAAAAUGUGUACAACAAACAGUUGUUUGCUAUUGAAGAUGGCAAAGGCGAAAGGUACAAAUCUGAGGGACAAAAAGAACCCAGUAAGGAAGGAAGCAAAAAUGAAAAGAAAAAUAGAUCCAAGGAGCACUCUAGAAGGGAAAGAAUACAAGAGGGAAGGGAAUAUACACCCAGCUGUAUAGGGGAGGAGGAUGAACAGGGCAUUUCCAAAUACGGAGAUACAUACAACGGUAAGUACAAAUACAUUGACGAAGAUAAUGACAAAGAUGAUGAUAGUGCCUACGAUAAGCAUAGUAAUAAUAAUAAGCAGUACAUGAAAGAAUCGGCGCAUAAAAAGAGGGGAAACCAUUCCCAUAGUCCCAACAACAACUAUUGUCCGAACGAUGACGAGGGUGAUAGUGAUGACGAUCAUGAAAGUGGAAAUGAGUACGAAGCAGAGGACGUGGAUGUAGAUGAUGAGGAUGAGAACGACGAAGAGGAAGAUGAUGAAGAUGAGAACGACGAAGAAAUAGAGAAUCAAUUUUCACGCGAACACAGUCCACAAAAUGAAAGUAAUGAAAAGACGAAAUGGAAGCAAAAGGGAAAGGAAUGUACAAACGGAGUAGCAGAUUUUGCAUCUACGGCUAGUUCGUGCAUUUCAUCAUUGUAUUCCUUCUCAAGUGAUUACAGUAGCACAAAGAAGAACGAAAAGGAAAAUGAGAAGGAGAAUAUCAUGAACAAGAGUAGUGGCAUGAACAAGAGUAGCGAUAUAAACAGGAGUAGCGAUAUAAACAGGAGUAGCGAUAUAAACAAGAAUAGCGAUAUAAACAAGAGUAGCGAUAUAAACAAGAGUAGCGAUAUAAACAAAAGCUGUAACACGAGCAAACGCAGCAGUACGAACAAACGCAGUGGUGGCAUUGUGAACGAUGGCAGAAAUUGUAACAAUAAGGACGUGCCAUUUAAGGAAGACCUUGAUUUAGUCUCUACAAAGAAUAUGAUAUAUGAAGAAGAUUUUAGCAUAGAAUCAGGGAAUAUAAAGAACGACAUAUACUAUCUCGAAAGAGAGUAUGAGGAGAAAUCGGCAUCGUACAGGAGGAAUAACGAAUCUAAUAGUAGUACAUGUAAUAACAAUUCUGAGUAUUUGAAUAAGAACAGUAAAAAGACUAUUUCUUCAAUAAAGGAGGAAAUAAAGAUGCUGAGUGAUAGUAGAAAGAAGUAUGCUCGUAAAAUAAGAAGAAUAAACGAACAAAUAUUGUUAAUCCUUUGCAAUGAAAAAAUGAUUCAAAAUAUAUAUAAAUGUGCACAUAUAGAUAAUUAUAAAAUAAAAGUAUAUGCUUGCCUUAUACUCUCUUACAUACCCAACAUCAAUGAAAUGAUAUCCUCCCUGACCGUGCAAGGUGAAAGUGGAAAUAGUGCUCGAAACCCCAACAAUUAUAUCGGCAUGUCGAACGAGGUCAGAAGUGGUGUUGGCGAUAUUGGCAGUGAUGGCGGUAUUAGGAGCAAUCGCUUCGGUAAUGAGAAGAGUAAUAACAAUAGCAGCUACUCCAAUAUGUAUAGCAACCACUGUGAUGAGUAUAACCGAGGUAGCAGUAACGGAAGUACGAACGCGAUGAUCAGUUACCCGGAUGGGGGUAAGUCGGUGGACAGGUUAAGAAACGAAAUAUAUGGGGAAAAUGAAAAGCAAGAAAAUGUCGAAAACUCAGUAUUUAUGUCAGAAACGAUGUUAAUUAAAAAGAACAAUAAAAAUUUUAUUUGUAGCAUUGAAGGAGAUUACUAUAAUUAUAUAUAUCGUUUUAACAUAUUAAAUACAUUACUUUAUUAUUUAUUUAACGAGACUUGUUUUUAUGAGCACAUCUUGAUAUACUUGAAAAAGUUUAUUAUCGAGCAGAGCUUUAUUAUGAACCUAAAGCAUUUCAAAAUUAAAAAGACAGAAUUUAUAAAUACGCUAUCUUUCCAGGAUAUUAGAAAAGGGGUAGAGAAGAAAGCAAACAAGAAGAGUGAAAAGAACAAGGGGAAGAAAAGGAAAAAAAAAAAUAAAGCAAAAGGGGAUAGCGGGUUAGCAAAUGAAAGCGCACCAACAGAGCGAAACACGCAUAAGCGGGAUAGGGAGUACGCCAUUUCAUCGGAUAGGAGCUACUUAAGCAAUAAUGACAACGACUCAAACGUGUAUAACUUCCCAAACGAUAGUAAACUGAGUUAUAUGUAUGAUGAGAAACGAUUUUCUGCCAAUGAAUGGAAUAAUAGUAGUAAUCGUGGGGAGGAUGGAGGAGUUAUCCAUGGAAAAAAGGCUAUUAACACAAGAGAAGGAGUGGCUAAUAGUAGUAGUACUAGUGCUGUUAUUCAGUAUGAGUCAAAGAAGGACGGAACUGGUAAUAGCGUUGGUGGAAAUAAUGGGAGUGGUAAUAACUAUCAGGUAGUUCUAUAUGGAGAUUCAAAAAUAUACGACCACAUGAGUUACCUAUUUAGCUACGUAUCUCAUUUGAGGAAGUUUGGUCUUUUGAAUAAUUUAAUAGUGGAAUUGUAUAAAAAUAUUUCUAAAAAGUUAAGUAAUGCUAACGUAAAUUUCAUAUUUGAUAUAUUAAAAAGGAAAAUAGAUGAGAUGAAUGAGAUGAAAAAAAGAAUCAACGAUUUGAAAAAGGAAUAUGAGUUUGUAAAUGUAAUCUAUAAUGAUUUUAUCAGUUUACAAUACGAGUCAAACAAAUACGUAUCUGUGAUUGAUAAAUUAUAUGAAGAGUUAGAAGAGAUAGAAAAGAGAAGGAAAAAAAUUAUGAGAAAUCAUAAAUAUGUACAUUUAAAUGUAUGUAAUUAUAGAAAAAGAUUAAUACAUAUUGAAAAAAUGAUUGAGGAAACUCCUUCGAUAAAGAAAUGCUUGAAUGAUGAAUUGAACAAGGUAAGAAUGAAUAUUGGUUUAUAUAAAAGAGAUAAAAGAAAAUUAUCUUUUUUUAUAUUAUUGCAAAAAUUUUAUUUGGAUAGCUUUAAUACUAUGUAUAAUAAAUUGAAAACUAUGAAUACAUUAGUUGAAAAUUUAGAACUCCUUUCCAAUGAAUAUAAUAAAAAUACUGGUUUAAUUCUCAAUGAGUUGACGUAUUUAAUUGUAAACGAUUUGAUACUUGUAGAACUAUUGAGUAGCAAGAUUAGUAUAACAGUAGAUAAUGACAAUUUUUCGCUUUUAUUGGAAAAGGAAAAGAGUAGUCUAACCAUGUUUAACCAUAAUAUUUGUAAUGAAAACAAAUUGUGUAUUAUAAGUAAGGAAAAAAGUGGUUUAGGUGAUAGAAGAAGAGAUGUCGAUUUGUACAAAGUGAAUGAGGUCUUGAAUGAGAAAUACAAAUACUUCUUUGAUCAGGCAGCAACAGAAACUGUGGGUGUCUACGAGGAUGAUGCAAACUAUGCUAGCGAUGUUGGAAUUAGCAGCAGAGGAGGUAUGCUUCGUACCAAUAUUAGUGGUAGUGGUAAUGCUAGUGGUGUGUUACUGAACAAUGAGAUGAUGCAUAGUACUAAUAAUAACCCCAACUACAAUACUAGCGAUAGUGAUAAUGUUACACAAAGAUCCAUGAAGAAGAAGCAGUUAUACAGUGAUCCGUACAAGGACAGUGCAAAUAACAGUAAUGCUUAUGGUAACGAAGAUGGUGAGUAUUACAACAGAGGAGUUGGAGCAUUGGGCUACUACAAAGAUGAGUCCAAAAGGGAAUGGAAUAAGAAAACAAAUUUUGGAAAAAGCGUAAAACGAAUGAUGGAUGAAGAUUUCAUUAUUGAUGAGAAGAAAGAUAUGCAAGGAAGUAGAAUUACUUUUCGAAACAAUGGAAAGGACUUCUCGUACAUGAAUAACGGUAGUAAUAACCAUAUGAUGUAUAAGAACCGAGAUUACACGCGCAAUGAUGAUGCUGGUAAUGGCAUGAUCCAUGAUUAUGACGAAAAGGAAUGGCAGGAAAAAAGUAGAGUACAUGAUGAUAGUAUGGAUGGCCGCAUGACUGAUCAAAUAGAAGGCAAUUUUGCUGAUGAGAAGAAUGUACAUGAUCAGGGGGAAGAAGCGGAUGUAGUGGGUGUAGCAGGUGGACGGGAUGAAGAAGAACUUUUUAAUGAUGAGUACAUCUCAAGUGAUGAAGAGGAUGUUGACAUUAAAAAUAAAAUUAAUGAGUUUAAUAAUUAUAAAAAUAUAGGUAUAAAGGGUGUUGCUCCAGAAGAAGUACGAAUAGAUGAUGACAACUUAAGUCAAUCAGUAUUUUUGGAAAUUUUAGAAAUAAUAAAGAAACGAAGAAAACAAAUAGAAAAGUUAGCGACUCAUCAGAAUGGUCAAGUGUACAAGAACAUACACAAAUAUAAUACUCUCCUUAACAAAUGUAGCAUGCGUAUAGGUGCCUACCAAAAGCAUUACACUAAGCUCAAUGCGCAGCUUAGGACCAUUAACACGGAUAUAAUGGUGAAAAAGUCCGAGGUUAUAUACAAGUCCAUUAGAGAGUGGGAUGACAAGAUCAACAUACUGAAUGAGGAGAUCAAGGUUGUUGAGGGAGAAAAGAAGGAAAAGGAAAAAGAAAUAGGAGUACAGAAGAAAAAACUUGAAAAGAAAGAAAAAGAAAAAAAUCAGAAGAAGGACGAACUACGUUUGUUGGUCACUGAGAUGUACAAACAUAACAAUAAAAUAAAAAAAAAAUACAAAAAGGAUCAAAAAAUUGUGUUAUUAAUAUUAUAUAAUACUUGGUAUUUGUAUCAUUAUAUAUAUAUCAUAUAUUUGAAUACACUAAAACUAAAAAAUUAUUUAGCAUACAAGCAAAGCAUAAGUGAAAUGUGUCAAGCCUCAGCCAAGCAGACCAUUUCGAAUAUAAACUGUUUUUCGCAACUAUUGGACGAGCAGGAGUACUGA